AUGGGUGGUGAAGCACCUGCCAAAUCUCUUUGGGAAUAUGGUAUACCGGACACAACCAACGAAAUACUUUCUAGUAUUUUCAGGCCAGUCGUCACCGCAUCACAUUUUGAACUGAAGCCUGAAUUUAUCCAGUUCAUCUCAAAUGAUUCAUUUUCGGGAUCACCUAAUGAUUGUCUUGUAAGUCAUAUUGAUAGCUUUUUGGAGAAGUGCGAUACAAUGAAAAUCAACAAUGUAAGUGACGAUGCUAUUAGACUUCGCAUUUUCCCUUUCUGUCUACGGGAUAAGGCAAAGGAGUGGUUGAGAGAUAAAGCUGAUGAUGAGUCAUUGUAUGAAUCUUGGAGAAGAUUUAAGCGUUUACAAAGGCAGUGUCCUCAUCAUGGGAUCCAGGAGUGGUUUUUGAUCCAGACUUUCUACAAUGGGCUGACACAUGAAUACCGAAUCUACAUUGAUGAUGCUUCAAGAGGUUCUAUCACGGAAAAGAAUCCAACUGAAGCUAAGGCAUUGAUUGAGAAGAUGGCGGCCAAUGAUAAUUAUCAUCCCAGUAGUCGGAACAGUGUUAGAAAGGGAGGUAAGUAUGAUUUAGAUGCUCUAACUAUGUUGACUAGUACUGUGCAGGCUUUAUCACAUAAGAUCGAUCAAUUUGGAGCUGGCUCUUCAUCAUUGGUUGCCUCGUGUCAAAUUUGUAGGGUGCAAGGACAUACGCCAAUUCACUGUCAGUUUAACACUUCAAGAAACACUUACCACUCUGGUGGAAAUAGUAACUUUCACCCAUCCAGCUCCAAUUUCGCCCAACAAUCUGGUUUUCAACAGGGGUCACCCAUUAGUCCACCGCAACCUCAAACUUCUAAGCUUAAUCUUGAUUCUAUUUUGGAGACUCUUGCUACUUCUCAAGUUCAACAAAAAGAAUUAAUAACCAAAAAGUUUGAGUUACAAGCCAAGCAGAAUGACCACUUUGAAAAAUCCAUCCAACAACUCAUUGCUCAAAAUAAGGUGAUAGAAACCCAACUUGUUCAACUUUUGCAACAAGUGAGUCAUUUAUCAAAACCUCGAGUUCAACAAAAAAUCCAUAAUGAGCAAUGUAGUGCAAUCUUUCUUAAAGGCAAUGAAUUGAUAGUGGAAAGCUGGGCUGAGAAAGACGGAGAAGUGCUUGGAAUGAUCAAGGAGAAGGGUGUGGGAGAAAAGGUUCCCAAAUAUGUUGCUUCGCCCCCGUACAAAGAACAUGUUCCUUUUCCUCAAAGGUUGAUAAGGGGUGUGCUCGAUAAGCAUAUUGGGAGAUAUUCUGAGACUCUUAAAAAGAAAGAAAUAUUAGCUAAUGAUAGGAAAUAUGAAAACUCAGAAAAUGUGGCAAUUAAUGAGCAGUGUUCUACCUUGAUGCAUGAGAACCUACCGCCUAAACUGAAAGACUCUGGAACUUUUACUAUACCCUGCAUGAUCAAUGAAACAUAUUUUGAUAGGGCUUUAUGUGAUUUAGGUGCUAGUGUCAAUUUAAUUCCUUAUUCUCUAUAUGAGAAAUUAGGUUUGAAAGAGCUUAAACCUUCUCAUAUAUCUCUUCAACUGGAUGAUAGAACUGUUAGAUUCCCUAAGGGCGUAGUGGAAGAUGUGUUAGUAAAAGUUGGUGAAUUUGCUUUUCCUGUUGACUUUGUUGUAAUGGACAUGAAAGAAGACUUUGAAAUUCCUUUUGUCUUUGGUCGUCCAUUUUUAGCUACAAGUCAAGCUUUAAUAGAUGUCCCGAGAGGACAAAUGAUCAUUAAAGCUCAAGAUAAGAAAGUCAUAUUUAAGAUCUUUGAUGAUCGAAAUUUCACUUUUAAUCCCAUUUCUUGA